AUGAUACAGGCACCAGCUCACCUAGGCCGUCUCCAGCGUGUUGCUUCCCAGUUCACCCCCUACAGCUGGAUGGACUUCGAUUGGAGGCCCACAUUCAGCUUGAAGCGAUGGUUGGCAAUGUUGGGAAUCAUCAUUAUGUUUUUGGCUGCAGAACUGAACACAUUCUACCUGAAAUUUGUGUUGUGGAUUCCACCUGAGCACUACUUAUGUUUGGGACGUCUGGUGUUCUUCCUGUUUGCAGGGGCUGUUGCUAUGAGGGAGGCUUUCCAGUUUCUUGACGACCCAAAUUGUAAGAAGUUUGGUCGUCAGGCUUGGAUGAUAGCUGCUAUAAUUAUAACAGAGCUUCUUAUAGUGCUCAAGUUUGACUGGCAGACUGUUUCUAAGCCCAUUCCAUUCCCUGUUGCCUGUUUCUGGAUUCUUGGCAUUGUGGGAUUGUUUGUUUACACAAUUUGGAAAUUUUACCUCCAUCCACAUAAAGUUAUCGCAAAGAGUCAUCAGACCACUAAUGGUGAUGUUGUUAUGAACAAUAAUGAUAGAAAGACGCAGAAUAAAGCCGAGGGUGGCAGUAACGGCAGUGUAUCCAACUCGCCACUCAAACAGCCUCGCUUCCGUGUCAGCAGGGACAGCCAAAAUGGCAAAAGUUGAAUGAAUAGUCACAAUUAAACAUUGCAUGUACAUGUAUCAGAAGAAAGAAAUGUUAUUUUGCAUAUCACAAACCAUGCUCAACAUUAUUUUCAUACCAGCUAAAUAAUCUCUUUUUAUAAAGAAUCAUCGAUUAUUUCCAUCGUUUCAAAAUCCAGUGUCAGCCAUGUGAGAUGUUUGCUAAGAUAUUUAGCAGAUAUUCUGCACAAAUUGCUCCAAAGAUGAUUGUUUUACAAUUGCAUAUUAUAGGGAAUAUUUAGCUACUUGUUUAUAUUGUACGUACCAGAUUGCCAAAGUUAUUUUGUAUACUUGUACAUGGCCUGUUGUGAGACAACAUGAUUAUAUAGAUUUGGAUUAUGGUUUUAUAAAAGGGAGGGUAAAAAAGGAAAAAUGUUGCAUAUGCUUUAAUGAAAAAUGUAUAUAGUGUAGGUGCUUUUUUGCUAUUGUUGUUAGAAUGCUUUGUAUUAAUGGCUAUACAAUCUAUUUUAGAGAAUCAUGUAUGUCACAUUGGGGGAAUGCUUGUCAUAUUUUACAGAUUGGUCUUUUGUGUAAUUAGUAAAAUGUCAAUGACGAUUCUGUAUGCUGAACAAGAAGAAUUUAAUUUUGGCAGUAGUAUAGAAGGCUAAUAUUAAAGUCAGAAUAAAAUAUACAUUGAGAGGUCUCAAAAGAAAAAAAAUGGCAUUGAAUUAUGUUGUUUGUUUAAAUAGAAUUUGUUGAUUGAAUGGUAUUAGAUAAUAGAUAGCAGUAUGAUUAAUAAUGCAUGAAUUGUUUUACUUGACAUUGAAUAUCAUAGUUCCCUCUGCUAUUGAUUACUUGUCCAUUUUUACAUUUUUUCAAUGUAAGAAUGGCUGCUUUUAUGAUAUUGACUAUGAUAUGCUGGCUGUUUUAUGAUAUUGCAUUUUGGAUUGGCUUAUAUGUUGAUUUUGCAAGGGAAAUAUUUAAAGCUUUGUUUUGCAACCCCGCACUUAUUAAAUAUGCACCAGGUACAGUUAAAUGGUAAUUUAUAUAGCAUUAAACGUAUUUAUAUUCAUGACCCAAAUUAUACUACUGUCUUACUACUCUGUUGAUUGCACAAGACUGGUUUUACUUAGUAAAUUUAAGUAUGAUUUAAGCCUUGAUUAACGAAGUGUGUAUAGUAUUUUAGAGAAAAGAUUAAUUGGCAUACAUUCUGUUAGUAGUAAUUGUUAUAUGCUUAAAAUGGUCUUUAAAUUUUUGUCUAUAUUCUAUACUCUAUAAAAGAUAUGAUUAGUAAAAAGUGUUGCUUGCAGAAUAGACACAGGAUUGUUUAUU